AUGCGUUCUACAAACGUCUAUAUUGCUUUACUUGCUUUGACAGCAGCUAUGGCACAUGCAGCUGAACCACAUGAGCAGCAACAUCGUGACAUUGCUUUAAGCAACCAUCACCACAAGCACAAAAUGAUGGAUGAUAGUGCCAUGAAAGCUGAUGGAAAACAGGAUGUUGCUCCUGCUGAUCAAGAAGACGAUGAUGUUGAAGUUGUCACUGUACCUGUUCCAGAUGGCACAAACCAAAAGGAAACCAAGCACCAAAAAGUUAGCGAGGAUGAGGAAGAAGAAGAAGAAGAAACAGAGGGUGAGGAUGAAGAUGAGGAGGUGACUACCACCACAGAGGUGGUCAUGUACACUGAAGUUGCUUACGGUCCUCCACCUGCUGAAGCAUCCGAUGAAGCUAUGGAAACGGAAGAUGACGAAGACGAGGAGAAGACCGCCAAAAAACUAAACGUUGGCAAGGAGGAUGAGGAAGAAGAAGAAGAGGAAGAAGAAAUCAAGAAAAAGAAGAACACUGAGGACGAGGAUACUGACAAGUCUAAGCAAAAGAACGUGGAUGAAGAGGAUGAAGAUGAUGAGACUACUGGCAACGCCAAGCAAAAGAAUGUAGAUGUGGAAGAUAUGCGACCUGAAGGUGGUGCACGAUUACCCAAUGGCAAUCCAGCAGGUGUUAACCAUGCUGUUGUCUCUGCUGGCACUACCAAGAAGGGUGCAUCAUCAGCAACCGGCUCUGCUUCCUCCAUGGCAACAGCAAGUGGAUCAUCCUCUGGUGUUGCUUCCAAUACUUUGCACAUGAUGUCAGCCUCAGCUAAAGGUAGUGCAUCCAGCUCUCAAGCAUCCCUUCAAGCUUCGGUUGCUUCCUUAGGCUCCAAUGUUGUACCUGUCACUAUGGGCAUCUCCGUUGUGUCGAUUGCAUUGACUAUUGCCACCUUUUUCUAA